CACCAACAUCAACUUACUCUUACCAAUCUCCAAGACCCCCAAGAUGACCUCCAACAACCUCUCAACAUGCUGCAUAACGGGUACCCUCCACGAAGGCGAACCCAAGGGUACAAUCCAAGACAUCGAGAACAUCUCAACCUACAUCACCCACCCCUCAACCUCCACCCAAACCGCAACCAAAAAAGCAAUCCUCCUGCUGACCGACGUAAUCGGCCACCGCUUCCUCAACGCCCAGCUCCUCGCCGACCAAUUCGCCGCCGCCGGAUAUGUCGUCGUCAUGCCCGACCUCUUCACCGGCGACAGCGUCCCCCUAAACCGGCCCGAGGGCUUCCAAAUCAUGGAGUGGGCGAAGGGCCACCAGCCGGCGCACACCGAUCCCAUCAUUAACACGGCCCUUAAAUACAUCCGGUCCACGCUGGGGUGUGAGCGGGUCGGCGGCGUCGGGUAUUGCUUCGGGGGGAAGUAUGUGGCCCGGUUUUUGAAGGUGGACGGCGGGUUGGAUGUGGGGUAUUCGGCGCAUCCGACGAUGAUGACGGCUGAGGAGUUGGCGGGGGUGGAGGGGCCGUUUUGUGUUGCUGCUGCGCAACAUGAUCCGAUCUUCUCCGCGGAGAAGCGACGCGAGAGUGAGGAGAUCCUGGGUAAGAAGGAUCAGCCCUGGCAGAUUAGUGUGUACUCCGAUGUGGAGCAUGGGUUUGCGGUGCGCGGGGAUCCCACGGUGCGGCGGGUGAGGUUCGCGAAGGAGCAGGCGUUUCAGCAGGCGGUUGCGUGGUUCGGGGAGUAUUUGUGAUUGGGAUUUGGUCGUUGAAUUCAGGAAGAUGGGGAGAGUAGGCCCUGAGGGGGAUGGAUGCCAAGGCUGGACUGGAAGUAUCUUCCGAGAAUGAGGCCCAUUGCUUAUCUUCAAGUUAGGAAGUAGUGGAACGAGAGAUUUACCCUUCACCGUCA